GGCAGGGUUGACAGGGGCUGGACUGAUGACAGCAUCCUCCUCCGCUCUGAGGCUCCAACACCUGACCGCCUCCAUCAGAGCCGCACAGAUCAUGGAGCUGCCGGGUUAUCCCGACACCACCAUUUCACACCAUGCUCCGCAGACCCAUCCGCGUAAAUAUUCAACUUCAGAUGCUUAAUCUGGUCUGUUCCCCCCCAACUUGAUCAUUCAUUGGCCUAUAGCUUUCGGAUUUUCAUUUAGUGCGUGACGGAGUCGAGUCGAGGUGCUUCUUGUUUUCCUGAAGAGAAAAAACAAAAGCUGACUGAUCCUGCCUCGCUGUUACAACCCAGGAUCAGACAUGGAUGUAAUCGAAUCACCAACGCCGGCCGGAUUAUGGAGCAGAUUUUUCUUUUCCUCAUGAUACAACAGUCAGCUCGAUCCAGGUGAGAAGUUGCGACGCUGAGCAGGUUUCAGUCAAGCAAACAAAUGACCCAAUCAAUAAUAGCUGGACACAGUCUGACAUAAGGACGAUAUCAAUAACAGCCUAAUACUCUACACACACACACACACACACACACACACACACACACGCAGACAGAGAGAGAGAGAGACAAUGGCGCUGGAGAACUCUGUCUUCCCGUCCCGUCCCGACUCCCUGGCGCUUCCUGUGGAGGAGAAGGCUGAAGGCGAGGAAGAGGAGGCGGCGGCGAUGAAGUCAACCGCUUCCACUGGAGUCUUUAACGUAUCCGAGGAGUUGGGCCACGUCGUCACCACGCAGACCAUGCCCUCUCCUCCACUCCCGGCCAAGGUCAAAAGGUCGUUCCAGUCCAAGCUCGCAGAACGGGAGGCCAACGUCAUCCACUACAGGAAGAAGACCCAGGGGCAGGAAAAAGAGAGGGGGCGAUUUGGCUGGGCCCGGGCUCGGCGUAAGAGGCAGCGCUACGUCGAGAAGAACGGCCGUUGCAAUGUGCAGCAUGGCAACAUGCGGAAGACGUACCGCUACCUGACCGACAUCUUCACCACGCUGGUGGACCUCAACUGGCGCUGCUCGCUCUUCGUCUUCGUCAUGGCCUACGCAGUCACGUGGCUCUUCUUUGGUGCCAUUUGGUACCUCAUAGCCUACUGUAGGGGGGAUCUGGACCAUCUGGAGGACGAGGCGUGGACGCCGUGCGUGAACAAUGUCAACGGUUUCAUAUCAGCCUUCCUCUUCUCCAUCGAGACAGAGACGACGAUUGGCUACGGGUACAGAGUCAUCACCGAUCAGUGUCCAGUGGGCACCAUGCUGCUGCUGCUGCAGGCCAUACUGGGAUCGAUGGUCAAUGCGUUCAUGGUCGGCUGCAUGUUUGUGAAGAUCUCCCAGCCUAAUAAACGAGCCGAGACGCUGGUGUUCUCCAAGCACGCCGUCAUCUCUCUGAGAGAUGACAAGCUCUGCCUGAUGUUCAGGGUGGGCGACCUUCGGAGUUCUCACAUUGUUGGGGCCAACAUGAGGGCCAAACUAAUCAAGUCCAAGCAGACUCAAGAGGGCGAGUUCAUCCCUUUGGACCAAACAGACAUCAGCGUGGGCUUUGAGACGGGCGAUGACCGCCUCUUCCUCGUCUCUCCGCUGGUGAUCUCCCAUGAAAUCGACGCGCGCUCGCCCUUCUGGGACAUGUCGCAUGCCCAGCUGGAGAAGGAGGAUUUUGAGAUUGUGGUCAUUCUGGAAGGAAUGGUGGAGGCCACCGGGAUGACCUGCCAGGCGCGGAGCUCCUACCUGGCGGAGGAGUUGUUGUGGGGUCACAGGUUCAGCCCCAUGAUGUUGCUGGCAGAGGGCUUCUUUGACAUCGACUACGGAGCCUUUCAUCACACGUUUGAGGUGGACACGCCCUCCUGCUCGGCACGGGAGCUGGCGUUGGCCGCGGCCAGACUUGACGCUCACCUCUACUGGUCCAUCUCCAGCAGGCUGGACGAAGAGCCCACGCUGGCCGAACAAGACACCAAGCAGCCGGACGGCGGCUCGGCCCACAGCAAGGUGGGGGAAUCCAUCUUCACCGUCGGGGAGAUGACGGACAUCCAGGAGCAAUCAGCUUUAGGCGAGUUGAAUGGCAGCGUCACCACCGAUCAAUCGGAAACAGAGGCCUAGAACAGAGAAUGUUUACAAAGAACCUUCAGUAUAUCGCCACAUCAUCAUAGUUGUGUGUUAAAGACUCUUAAGGCAGAUUAGUAGUUUCAACACACCCGCAGAUCCCACGGUAAACGCCACAAUCUUGUGCUACCUUAUGAAAAAUAUUUUUUAAUAUUUGUCUUUUAUUUGUUAUAAGUGUACUCAAUGUGCAUAUCUGAUUUUGUUGUAUUUGCUCUUAUCACCCUUGCCUAUAUCUACUUUAAAAUGACAAUACUAUGCUUCAGGUGGGUUUAACAGCAGUCCAUCCUGUGGACAGAAAGAAUGUUGCACAGACAGUAAUUAGUUUUUUUGUUUUGUUUUUCCUUUUCGCCCGACUGAUGGUGGUUUCACAUGAAAAAUUAAAUAUAUUGAUUAUAACCAUUUAAAAUAGAUACAGUCCAUAGAUGCUUUACUCCAAGCUGCAGUUUUAGAACAUAUAAAAAUACAAACUUUUAUGGAUGCACAUAUUAAGAGUUACUGUAAAUCAGUUAGAAAUAUUACACAUUUAAUUACACAUUUUCUCUUUUUUAUUUGGAUAGAAACUUUCAUUUGGUGCUAGUAAGUUAUCUAGGAUCACUUUUGUUGAACAAAAAUAUAUAGGUGGACAUUAAUCCUGUAUUUUAUGCCCUGAUAUAAACAAAAGGAUGACAUUAUUUAACAACACUUAUUGACAUUUAUAUCUUUACUCACAUUAUUGUAAACAGAGACUAUGAAACCUUUUAGAAAAAGGCCAACAUGAUGCUGCUUUACAAGUUUACUGCUUUGAUAACAAUAUAUUAUGCAGUACUUUCCCAGAAUUUACAAGUUAUUUUCUAAAAGGUACAGGUUAUUUUUUAUAAAACUUACUGGAAGAUUUGUCAUUCACUUACUGGAACUUGACCUGCUUUCAAUUGAACCGCAGCCUGCAAGGUCCAAAAAGGUUUCAGGAAACUCUUCUGUUAGUUCCGGAAAGCAAAUAUAAAAUUCCUGAGAAAUUCAUCUGUAUAUUUUGGAAAAUCAAUCCAUAAGUUGCCAAAACUUAGAUCUGCGAGGAAAAAUAACCUGUAUUUUUUUAUAAAGUUAUUGAGUUGCAGAUGGCACCUUGUAAACUUCACUGAGGUAAAAUAUAAAAACAUAAAAUAAACAAGAAAAUUCUAGAAACUAAUCUUUGAUAACUAGGAAAUUGCUCUUUAAGUCUUUAAAGAUAAGUAGCCUGUAAAUUACAGAAACAUAACCUGGAUAUUAAGGAGUAUUAACCUAGAAACUUCAGAAAAGUAAUGUGUAAAUGGCAUUAAAGAAGCUUGUAUAAUCUGGAGUACUCUAGAAAUAUCUGGAAAGUAUUUCUGAAAGUUUUCUUCAAAUUUUUAACUUCUUCAAAUUAAAGUCUUCUUCUGUUUUUAUUCUCCAGAUCUUUUUUUAAAAGCCCUGGAGAAUAUUAGGUUGUAUUUUGUAUUGCUGCCUUCCAUAUUUCUUUGAUUUUGUUGGUUUCAGCCAUGUGUAAUCUAAAAGCACAACAAUGCCCUGCCCAGUUCUGCCCAAAUUCCUGCUUUUGCUGCUGUGUAUAUAUAUACAUAUAUAUAUAUAUGGUUGUUUUUACUUGAUGUUUUUAAUAUUUAAAAUAGCACAUCGAUUAGAAUGAAUAAAUUCCAGAGAACAUGUUGUAGAUUUUAUUUUCUCUUUGGAGAUAUUUGCUUCGUAUGGGAACUGUACAAACUUAGCUUUACUAAGGCUGCAGAUGGAAGGAAAUCCUUGAAAUUUAAAGGGUCAUAUAUUUUGCUUUUUCUCUUUGAAAUUGUAACUGGUUUGUUACCAAAUAAGAAUUCCUCAACAAAGAGCCACAGAUGCCUCAUAUGGUGGAGAAAAAUUUGUUCAUGCUUGUCAUCUACGCUUUACUGUGUAUUUUUCAUUUUACAAAAUGACAAGAAAACCUUACAACAAAUCACCUCUAAAAAUCCCUAAGUGAAUAAAAACAAGACAAUGAGAAAAUAAAUUCAUGAAUAAAUAUUGAAAAAUAUAUUGGGUAUACUUGAUAUAUUGCAGCAUACGGUAUAUUAUAUUGUCUUGAUUAAAUUGAGUACCGUACUAUAUCUUUAUUUAUAUAUGUUUAGUCAUCUGCUUUUCAUAGAAAAAUAUAAGAAUAAUAUAGGGAAUAAACUAUCUAAGAAAAGAAUAAUAAUUACAAAACCAGUUUUUAUGAUUAAUGUCACUGCUACAUGAGCAAAGAUGCUGCAGUGAAUUAACAUUUUCAAAUGGUGCCCUCCCCAAACCAGUAUACAUAUUUAUUUAUUGGGUUUUACAUUUCUGUCUUCAUUUAAGACGAUGACUCUGCUUGCCCUCCUAUAACAUGAACAUGAUUCUUUGAGGUGGCCAGCGAGUUUCAAGAGGGGCCACGUCCCCCUUCUGCCUCUCUUUAAGGGCGCCACUGCUCUCUCUGCUUUUUCAGCAUGUAAAAAAAAUAUUUCAACAUGACAUCAGCUCCACAAGAAGAAAAAAAAAAUCAAUAAAAUGAAAGCAAAUAAUUUUUUUUUCUGAAUAAUACUUUCCCUUGGUUCAAUUUCUUUAAUGAAAAUUUCUCAAAAACAUGUAGAACUAACAACACAAUUUACGUUUCUUUAUUUAUCAAUGGCAUAAGUUAAUGUAGAAAUACUUGGAACAGUACCAGAAUAACUCAGUGUAUGUAAAUGAUGAGCUACAGAAAGUAUCCCAUAAAGUCUAUUGCUGCUGAAGCUGAGUCAACAAUAAUCACAGGUUUUAUGAUGUCAUGUGCAUUAAUCUGAGCCAUGUAUUGUUACCAUAUACAGUGCAUAUCAUAUUUAAAGGUUAUAAGUAACAGAGAACAUGGUGAAUGAAAUAGAAUUAAUUUUUUAAAACCAGAGCAGAGAUAUUAACUUGCUGUGGCUGUGAAAUAAUUUAGCCAGACAUAAAGUGUACUAAUGGUGUCGUAAACUUCCUCUCUGAUCUCGUCAGUGAUUAUUCAUGUUGAACUUUUCAUCUCUGUCUCCUGUGAGGCUUCACGGAGUGAGGUAUUUCAUUAGAAAUUCAUGGCUGGCUGUCUGCAUCCAGAAAAGUCAGCAUAUUGGGUUACCAGGCAGAAUCUUGGCUUAAAGAAAACACAUUCUCCACUGUGGCCACACGAGGGCGGUAGAGACCCCGCGCAUUCUCCUGCAGCCACUCACACAGCCUCUUUGACGUGUAAUGGGAUGGGGUCCCCAUCGCCAACACAUCUGUGUCCUAGGCAACAGAGGCUGGGGACAGCAAGAGGGCAGAUAGCGCUUGUGUGUGUGUGUGUGGGUGCGCGCGUGUGUUUCUAAAUGUGUUUGUCUAUGUUUUAGAUGUUUAUGUGUGAACAUAUCAUGAUGAAGGUGAUGAGGCUCAGAAGUCACCUUCAUGAGGAGAACAAUAAAUGCCCUUGACAUCAGGAGUCAGACCAUUUUUUCUUCCAUCUGCAGCAAAAAUGAAAUGCCACAACAAAGGUUUCCUUUCAGAUUGACAAACAAAUGAAAACUUUAUUUAUCUCUCUGUUCGUUUUCAGCAGAGGUGAGUAUCCAAACAUUGUACUCAAGUAAGAGUAGCACUACUUCAACAUAUUUUUACUCAAGUAAAAAUAAAAGGUAAUCGUAAAAAAAGAAAAAUUUGGUAAAAAGUCAAGCACUGAAUAACUGACUAAAAUAUUAAAAUUUGAUAUUUAAAAAUUACCAUCAGAUGGGAAAAUAUACAAAUCAAUUUCUUUCUAAAUGAAACUUAUGAAACUAAAAACUGCAAAAACUGGUGUCUGUGUACGAGGAAACUUUUUGCUUAAAACAUGUUUGUAGCUGUCAAAAUCAAAAUCACUUUCCACAAAAUGUCCAGAAAUUUUACUCAAGUUCGAGUAGUGAUACUUUAUGCAAAUAUUACUAAAGUAAAAGUUCAGUGUAAUAAAAAUAUUCAUAAAAGGGCAAUUUUUCCAAAAGUUACUUAAGUAAAUGUAACUAGUUACUACCCAGCUCUGGUUUUCAACCACCCCAAAAAUUGGACUUUAAGUCCAAUUCCCAAGCUGUAAUUAAUAGUUUAAUGGUUUUUAUUUCAGUGUAAGAUUGAUGCUUGCUAAGUCUAAACUUAGGUUUAUCUUGACGGAAGGAAGUCAUGAUAGUCAGGAAAGAUAAAAUCAAAGGUUGAUGUCGAACAUAUUUUUGACUCCAUACAACAACAGUCAAUGAAUCAGAAUUUACUCACUUGUAUCAUUUAAAAACAAUGACCAUUUACCAAAAGGCUUUCCAAACAGCAUGAUGUGAAACAUCCAUCUGACAUCAGUCAGCCAAAAUUCAACCCAAAGUUAUAUUUAUUUGUAAUAAACUCAAAAGUUGAAAGAAAAA